UGGUCUUGCGGAUGGGUCACACUUAAAAAACUGAAGACGCUGAAGUGCAGAUUACAUGACGAAUAAUAGAUCGAUCGAAUGCGGCGGCGAUUUUGGAGAUUUCGUAACUUUAGGAGAAAUGGACAUUUUAUGGCUGACUGAUCCCAGAAAAUUUCCUGGUUACUCCUUAAUAUUGCCUUCAGUAAGCAUUGCAAAUAUUGGCCAGCUUGCUGUUGAUAUUCUAAUCUUCUCCCUUCCUACUGAACAGAUUGCAGUUGUACACCACAGUGCACUCUUGCCUAUAGCUGGCUGUGGUGCAUACAAUGACACAGACUCAGGCCUCACAACUUCUGCAGACUUGCAUGUCUGUCAUGAGCUGAAGCUCUUAAUAUUACAAAUCCGGGCACCUACAGCAAAGGGCAAACGUCAAGAAUUUGUAGAAGCCUUGAACAAGUUCAUACAAGAUGUCUUGCCCUCAAGUGAAACCAGCAUUGUUUGGGUCUUGGCUGGGUGCCAAGCCGCCAACAGAGGUGAUGCUCAGUUAUCUGGAAGGCCUCUAAGAUUCUACCAUCUUCCACAAAUUUCUGACCUAACAAAUCUCAUCAAAUUAAGGAGUCUGGGUCCACCAGCCCUUGAAGAAUUUAUUAAUGACCGUGGAGAAAUGGAGCCCUUUUUACCUGGAGCUGGGCUGACAAAAAAACUUCUUGACUCAUGCUCCUUGCCGUGCAUCGCGCUGCUCAUGUUUGUAGACGAAGGAGAGAACACCGUCGAUGCGAUGACCUUAGCUUCGUACUGCCACGCUGCCGUCUCCGAAUCAAAGCCUGAUGACGUAACCAAGAUGAAGUGGCGCGUUCCUCCUUCUUGGAAGAACAUGUUUGGAGCUCCCGCUCCGAGCUCCAUUUUUUUGUGAUGGACGAAUCGUCUACUUCUACGGUAAUUCGUCAUCGAUACUGCUUUUUUCAAUUAAUUAUCCACGAUUUCAA